GUCUUCAGUGUCACAACAGCCGAACAACAGCGCAAAAGUAAUAAUACAAUAAUAAUAAAAAUUAAUAAGACUAUAAACAAUUGUUUACCUUUUACUAACACACCUGACUGAGGAGCUGUAAUACACACUGCGAAGCAAAGUACUGUAAAAUGUAAAUAAAAAUAAAUGAAACAAUCUGAGCAACGUGAAUGUGUAAUAUGAAUAAAUCUGAAUAUUUGUGGUUUAUAUCUUAAAUAAGUGCUGUUGAUGAUGUCACAGUGACAUUAACACUCGUUAUUCUCUAAUGACCUGCUGAAGUGAGUAAAUAUGUUUCAUGUGCUUUGAUCAACAUUCAUAUUCUAAUUCAUAAGAGCGUGAGAGGAGAUUUACUGCACGUCUUUUAUCCACUGAACUUCCUUCUCUCUGUCUAAACGGGUCAUUCUGGAUCAGGACUUUUACUCUGGCGCUUGCAGUAGCCGAGCCUGGUUCUGCAGUGUGAACACACAGAUUCCGGAUCGUAGUGUCGCUCUUUCACAGCCUGUGUUCACAUCGGAGCAGGCCGGAAGAGUCCCGGCUCGGCUGCACGGACCAGCUGCGAUGGCCGAGUGGUUAAGGCGUUGGACUUGAAAUCCAAUGGGGUCUCCCCGCGCAGGUUCGAACCCUGCUCGCAGCGGCGCGUCCAGACGUAAUGACGUCACGUUUUGGCAUAAUAAUAAAAGAGUGAGCUGAUAUUGAUCAUCACAGCUGAGCGACAACAAACAGUAUUGAUAAUUAUAUGAUGACAAAUUAAUCAAUAAAACACGAAAUUAAAUAAAUUAUUUAAAGUCGAUCAGAUUAAAAGAAAAUAAAAAGAUAUUCAAUAUAAAAACUGUGAAAUGUUCCAGGUGAGCGGAACCGAGAGGAUCAGUCCAGAAACCGAUCCGCUGAUUAAUCAAUAAAACAUGAAUAGUUAAUAUACAAAAUGUAAAGCUUUAUUGAUCAGAGAGAGAGAGAGAGAGAGAGAGAGAGAGAGAGAGAGCUCCGGUAGUGACGGAGGCUCUCCGGUACCGGGAAGUGUUCCGCGGAUGGAGGUUUCGGUUUCGGGCUUUCAGCCUCCAUUAAUCAAUCAGCGCUGAUCGAUUAUUGAUGCCGCCGCUGCGCAGCCGCCCCGCGCGCCCCCCGCCACCUCCGCCGCCAUCAUCAUCAUCAUCAUCAUCAUCACAUCCAUGUUGUCUCACCGGAGGAUGAGUCGGUAGGAGGCUAACAGCUAGCUAACGGUACCGGGCGGGUUUCUUCAUGUCUCUUCGUGUUCUGACGUCGUUUAGCGGAGCCCUUACCGUCACGAACCGGUCCGGACCGUGGAUGGCUGUCGGUCGGUGUUCCGUCGGGCUGCCCGGUUCGCUUCGCGGGGAGGAUGCAGCAGCUAGCCGCCGUUAGCUCCGCAGCUGUUUAUUUAUAUCGGUGUUAUGUAAGAGCGGAGCCCGUUUAGCCGCCUGCUAACGUGUUAGCCGCAUGCUAACUGUUAGCCUGUCAGCAUGAAUGACGCGCAACAAGAAAUGUCUCCAGACUUCGUCCUGAUGCGGCUCGUGUCCGCCGCCGAGUACGACCGGCUGGACGAGCCCGACGACCUGAUGUCCGGAGGCGGCGGCUUCGGGCCCGUUAAAUCCGUGCUGGGUCACCACGGCGGCGGCAUCAGCGGCGGGUUUGAUCUGGACCCCAGCGGCCCCUCUGCAGGCCUCGGCUCGGCCUCCCCGCACUACAGCUCGCCGCUCCCCGGGAAAGGCGAGCUGGACGGCGGGCUGGUGUUGACGCAGGCUCCGCCGGGCUCCGAGGCGCCGCUGUCUCCUCCGCCGCCGGAGGACUUCGCUGUAGCGGCCCAGCGGUUUGUGGACUUCCCGGGUCAGCACGGCUCGGGGGGGCACGGGUCGAGGGCGCAGCUGAUGGUGUUUCAGAACCUGCUGCGGUCCGGCGACCGGAUCCUGGAGUGCGGACUGGAGCAGCCGCCCCCGGGCUUCCUCCAGGAGGAGGCAGAGAGACAGAGACAGCAGCUGGACUCCGGAUCAGUUCCCGGUCCUGGUAGCACAACAGCCGGUCCCGGUCCAGGAGGAGGGAAAGACCAGAACUCACAUUGCAUCCCGUCUGCAGAGGAGAACCUGCAGCCCCAGCAGCCUCAGCUCCUCCAGUGGCACCCAGUCCUCACACUGUCCAAAGGCUCCGAAGGGUCCCAGACCCCCCAGCAGGGUGUCCCAGCUCUGGACUCUGAGUCGGGGUCGGUCCUGUGCCACCGACACCGCUUGCUGACCGACAGACUGGCUAAAUGGCCCCCGGGCCUGCUGGACCAAGCCCUGCGUCUUGGCCUGCUGGAGCCCAGGAAGAACUGCCCUGGUGGGGGAGAGGACCCGGUCCUGGCUCUGGCCCGGAGGCUGGGUCAGCUUGGUGAGGGGAGGGAGGGAGGAGGAGGUGGGGGAGGCGAGAUGGUCCCCCGGUGUUCCUGUCACAGUGUGCUGACCUCAGGGACGGGGGGCAUGGGGCCCGGUGAGGACCCCAGUGAGACCAGCGAUGCCCUGCUGGUCCUGGAAGGUCUGGGUUCCGAGGAGGUGGGCAGACUUGGGGAGCGAGGGGACAGGGAUGGAGGGGACAUGGGGGACGCUGACAAAGUGGAGAGGGUGGGAGGAGUGGAGGGGAUGUGUGGAGGGGCGGGGCCUGUGUUCUCCAGCGGGACUCUGAGCGGUCUGAUGCGGCAGGUCCACAGACUGGCGGAGGAGGCCGGGGUCUGCACCGACCAGAGCUGCCGGUCCUCGCUGUCCGUCCUCGGGGCUGCGGUGUCCCUCCCUCCCUGUGUAGACCCCCGAGCCCCCAUCAGCACUGCCCCCUGCCCGUACACACCUGUCCGCCCGCAGGCACUCCAGGCUGCAGCAGCUCUCUCCCCUGACCCUCACCCGUCCUCCAGCCCGGACCCGAGUCCCCGUCCCAUGCACCAGCACCAGUCCCGCUCUCAGCCCCAGAGCCGCGCCACCACCCCCAAACUUGGAGUUGCCUCAGGGGGAGCGGGGCGAUGCUCCUCCCCCCUGGUGGUUCUAGAGGGGGAGGUAGGAGGAGGAAGGGAGGGGGAGAAGAUGUCUCGGGGGAAGUCGAGGAAAGGGGGGUCACUGAAGGUCCGACUCAGCAAGCUGUUCAGAACCAAGAGCUCCAGCGGGGGGUCUGGGGGUCUGCUGGACAAGAGGCCGUCCCUGGCCUCGUCCACCUCGUCUGGGGGGAGUCUGCUGGACGUGUGGGGGUCCACCUGCAGCAACACGGAGCAGGACGGCAGCAGGCUGCAGGUGUCCAGACCUCACAGUGCCUUCUCUCCGGUGCCCUUCACUCCUCCUUUCACCGGUGAGACGGUGUCUCUGGUUGAUGUGGAUAUUUCUCGGAGGGGGGUGAACUCUCUUCACCCUCCGACACCUCCUCCACCGCCCAGACGGAGCCUCAGUCUGCUUGAUGACUUCGGGGGUCCUCCUCAGCAGCAGGGUCCGUUCAUGGAGCGCAGCGUCGGCGCGUCCAUGCAGUCUCUGCCCCCCCGACCGCUGGCCCUGCCCCCCUCCCUCAGCGCCAUCCAGCACAGCCUGAGCCUCAACGAUACCUUCCUCAGAGGUUUACCGAGGCCCGUCCCUCUGCGGCCCGACGCUCAGUACCCCCCACCCCGACUCGGCCCGCGCUGCCCCCUCAGUCGACCCGACGCCAGCAGCUUCGCCACCAGCCUCAGAGAACUGGAGAAGUGUGGUUGGUACUGGGGACCGAUGAACUGGGAGGACGCGGAGAUGAAGCUGAAGGGGAAACCUGACGGAUCGUUUCUGGUUCGAGACAGUUCAGACCCGCGAUACAUCCUGAGCCUGAGCUUCAGAUCGCAGGGAGUCACACACCACACACGCAUGGAGCACUACAGAGGGACGUUCAGUCUCUGGUGUCAUCCUAAGUUUGAGGAUCGUUGUCACUCGGUGGUUGAGUUCAUAGAGAGAGCCAUCAUGCACUCCAAGAACGGAAAGUUCCUCUACUUCCUGCGAUCCAGAGUCCCCGGUCUGCCCCCGACCCCGGUCCAGCUCCUGUACCCGGUCUCCAGGUUCAGCAGCGUUAAAUCUCUGCAGCAUCUGUGUCGUUUCUGCAUCAGACAGCUGGUCCGUAUCGACCACAUCCAGGAGCUGCCGCUGCCCACGCCUCUGAUCUCCUACCUGAGGAAGUUUUAUUACUACGACCCCGAAGAGGAGAUCAGCCCGACCCUGAAGGAGCGAGGAGGACCGGAGCCCAGCAGCCAGCCGGGGGUCCAGUCUCAAACGUAGCACUGGAGCCUCAGAGGACCACUUCUUUCUUUUCUUUGUUUUUCGGACACUCGAUCGCUGAAGGACGUUGAAACAUUCAAACUGGACUCACAGACUGCAGCCAAUCAGCUCCCUCUGCUUAGUCCUGUAUCCAGGCGGGUUUCAGAUGAUCCACCCUCCUCUAAGCACUCUGAUUGGCUCACGGAGAGCCGACGGGGGAGGGACAGGGGAUGUGGAGACUCCGCCUCUAUUUUGAUGUCAUCACUGAGCAGCUGGACUACAGGAAAUGUGACAUCGCUGUUAGCAAAGAUGCUAAAAAAAAACAAAACAAAAAAACAAAGAACCUCAGUGUGAGGAGAGAAACAUUCAGUCGCCUCCGGGAUCCUUUAAACGUCCAGCACCGAGCAGAACACCAAACACACUGGAUCCAAACGCACUUCAUGGAAUAUUUAAAGGUUCACAGCACUGGAGGUCUUCAUCUGUAGAGCAGGAGGAGCAGGACGACCGAUCAUCUCACUGUGUGUCCAACAUGGACUCCACAGAGACGCUGGCCUUAAAGGAGCAAUUCACCCAAACAGUAAAACCCACUCAUCCUCUCCUGUGCUGAUGGAAGUCAGGUGAAGUUUGUAGUCCACAAAACAUUUAUUGAACAAAGUCCAGUCGAGCUCAUACAUGCUAACACUGUUAGCUUAGCAGCUACAGUGACGAUUCUAGCUUAAUAAAGGCAGCAGAUAUCGACUCCUCAGAUCAGGUUGUGAUCCCAGCAGAUGAGCUGAAUGGAGCAUCUGAUGUUUCUUUAGGUGACGUGUCGUCGUCCACAGAACAGUUCUGGAGCUUCACAGUGAAACAGAGUUGCAGCGUUCUGCUGAACAACUGAAGCAGCUGAGACUUUUAAAACAGAGAAACAACCAUGAAGCGCCUGUUUGCUUGUUCGUUUUGAGUAUGAAUUUGACAGGUGGCCGAUUCUUACAUACUGCACCUUUAACAUGAUGUCACUGACAUGAGAGAUGAGUCGUCACAGCUUCACUCUUAGUUAGCAAUAACUUCACUGAAAGUAAGAAGUACGUUGACGUCAGCUGACAGUGUUGUGACUUUGGGUCAGUUUUAGGUUUAUUAUUAUAUCACCACGUUGCUGAACGGAGCUGAUCUGUGCAGCAGCGAGUCGACUGAGACGUGUUCAACAUGUCGGUUUGGAUGCUCCAGAAAUGUUUUGCUGACUGCGAGACCUCCCCUGACUUGGUGAGGUGAUGACUGAGUUUUACUCCACUGGAGGAACUGUUCCUUUAAACUGUCUGAUGAAUUGUAACUGUCACACCUAGCUGGAGAGCUAACACAUCAACGAGCUGGAAACAUGCUAACAACGGUCGGUCACAACAUCUCUCUGAGCUGCUUCUCAAGAGGAAAAGCAAGCUUGUUAGCGUAGCUUGGCGGCUAACAGGUGUUUAGUUCUAGGUGUUUAAGUUAGCAUGCUAACCUCAUCAGAUAUCUGUGCAGCACAAAGCAGAGACGUGUUUGACAUCAGAGCUGUUAUCUGAUAUUCUGUUGAUUGAGUUUUGAAUGUUUUGAGCCUAAUUUUUGACACAUUGCACCUUUUAAACUGAGACGGUUUAUAAAGUUGAAGCUGGUUGAGUCGGUGUGACGUCCUCCUGCCUCCUGUGUCUCACCAGCCACAACACUUUGGACUUUAACGCUGGUGUGAGCCGCCCUCACAUCUUACAAAUGGACCACAUUCCAAAAACUACAAAUCAGAUCUACACCAAAGCAUUCUGGGUAAAUUAGGACCUGACGUAUCUCACAGGAGGAAGGACUCGUCUGUGCUCGUCUGUCAGCUGCAGACAGAAACUCGACAGAACCUCGCUGUUAAAGUCCAAAGUGUUGAUGGAGAUUAAAGACUCACUGAAUGUGUCGGGUCAGCGUCUCAUCAGCAGGUACAUUUACUGGCAGUUCUUCAGCAUGAGUUUAUUUUAUUUUUUUCUUCAGCACUUUAAGGACUUGUGGUCCAUGUCGACUUGAAAGUUGAGAUUUGAAAUUCAUUGUUCCUCGUGGAGACGGAUCGGAUCAGUCAUCUCACCAUGAGGUCCAUUUAGCUUCUGGAGCUUUCAACAUCUCCUGUAAAGAUUGGACCAGACGCUCACCAACACCAGCCUUUACUGAUAAUCCAUGUUUCAGUGCUCAGUGCUUCAGAACCUGAGACUGAAGAAAAACCAACAUCUGAUCAUCGACUGGUAAGGACACAUGGUUGAAAGCUCCAGAACCGAGCGGACCUCGAUGAGACCAGUGAAGUUUACGUCUCAGCUCACAGAACAGUUUUUACUGAGAUUCUGUUUGUGGUCAGACAAGCCAAGUGAAGGAUUUUAUUUUACAUUCCUGAUGUUUGAACAGCGGCAGAGUGUUACUGAAACGUUUGUGUGCACGUUAUUCAUCAGACUUUAGAGUUCUGCUGCUCGACCCGACGCUGACGAGUCCCGUCAAAGUUUUGCAGAAUAUUGUUGUUGCAGGAAGUUCGUUUCCUUAAAAUCCAGGACGUCACGAUCUGAAUCCAAAAAUCAGUUGAAAUGAGUUUCCACGCCGCCUACUUGAAAAUUCAAACACUUUAAAGUCGACACAGCUAGCUUAGCAUUAGCCUGCAGCUAGCUUAGCAGUAGCCCGCAAUGUCACUUCCUGACUCUUCUCCUGUGUGAUGGAGACGAUCAGCUGACUGGUACCAGAGGAAACUGACAGUGUCGGACAUGUUGGUUCAUUUUCUUUUUCAGAGAUCCUUCAUUGACCUGUUUGUGAGGAGGGUUCACUCUGCACAGAUUACAGAAACUGAACUCUUUUGAACUGUUCUCUUUUUAUUUUGUUUUCUCUGUUGUUUAUUGUCGAAUCACUGAAGGACGCUGUUUGUUGACGAACUCUUUAUGUUUGCUGACUGUUAUUUAAACCUGUUUAACGUUCAGAUGUGUGAUUUAUUUAUUCAGAGAUGUUUUAACGAUGUUGGUUCUGGACGGAUUCAGGUCGAACGCAGAACUCUAACUUUAACUGACAUUUUAAAACAGCACAAACCGAAGAAAACUAAUCAAUGUCUUUUAAUUGUUACAAUUCACAGCACACUGGGUCAUGAUGUGCAUCUUUAAAGGAACAGUUCACCCAGAAAUAAAACUAAUAAUAAAAGAAGAGGAGGACUUUAUAUCAUCAGGAGGGAGGAGAGGAGUUUCAGUGUUCGGGUGAACUGUUCCUUUAAAGAGGAAUAUAAUUUGAGGACAGGAGCAGAAACACAAAGUUUGUGCAUCGAUACCUCAGUCAUUGCUUUUUUUACAUUUUAUUUAAUUUUCCAAACUAUCUGAUGUCCUGGUUCAUAAAAUCACUUGUCAGAACAGAACCUGUGUGCUGGUCAGAGUUCUGGGUCCUGGAGGCGACCGGUCCACGGCUGCUGUGGCUUUAUUACCAAAAAAUGGAGAGAAAAAAAAAAAAAGAUGGCGGCUUUUCGUGAUGACUACUGAACUACGACGUUACUGUGGUGACGUCUCAUCACUGGAACAAGAUGGAGUCUGGACAGACUGGACUUAUUGAUUCAGACACUGGCACUGAGUGAGUUCUGACCCAGCAGAGACUGGGACCACUGGACCACCGGAGCACUGAACACUUCCAUGAUGUCAAAACAGUGAUGGGGAUGAUUGUGCACCGAUGGACUGAGAGAGGAAAUGUGAAAUGUUUUUUCUGGUGUGGAGGAUCAGUGAAGUCGUGAUCUGUCAUCUUUGGUGCAACGCAGUCAUUUUGUGCAGUCACCUGUUAAUAAACAGUGUGGGCGGGACUAAUGGCUGUAUAUGGGCGGAGCCUAUUCUGUCUUUGUUCAGGUUCAAAUGUUUUUCUGUGUCCAGAACGAGACCAACGAGUAUCAGUGGAGCGAAGACCUGCUCACAUCUGAAGGUCUCGUUUCAACACGGUGAACUUACAAACAGAAUCAUGUUCAGCCUCUUUCAUUCUCUCUCCUCACAGAGUAACAGAUCAUUUACCUGUGUGUCAGAGGACAGGAAGCACCUGCCCGUCUCACCUCGAUGUCCACCUGUCUGCUGUCACUCACACAUUUGUAGCAUUUG